AUGAUGGUCCUCGCACUAAUAGAUGUCGCUACAGUAACAUGGGGCUCGGUCAACGCAGACCUCGGUUUCAGCUUUGCAUUGCUAAAUGACAGUUAUGCUGCAGGAUGCGGUGCGUUAUGUAUCGGGGGCGUUUUCCUGAUUCCAUUUGCAUUGAAAUUUGGCCGCCGACCCAUCUACGUUCUCAGCACCGCAGUUCAAUGUGGAAUCAGUGUAUGGUCCGCAAAAAUGGAGACGGUCGCAGAUUUAAUGCUGGUUAAUGUUCUGAGCUGUAUCGUCGGCUCAUUGGCAGAGGUACUCGUACAGAUGACCAUCGCAGAUGUAUUCUUUGUACAUGAAAGAGGACUCAUGAACACCAUAUACUAUUGGUUCAUGACGGUCGGAGUCACUCUAGCACCGCUCGCUGGUGGAUUUAUCACUCUUUCACAAGGCUGGAGAUGGGUCUGGUGGUGGAUGGCCAUUCUUUUUGGGGCUGGGUUACUUGCUUUUGUCUUCCUUUAUGAAGAGACGAUGUUUUGUGAGCCUAUUGAUGGAGUCCCAAUUGCCGAGCAAUUGAAGCCGGGGAAGAUCGUGGAUAAAGAGGACAUCGACCCGGAGGUAGCCAGAGAAGUCCAAGUUGUACAAGAACAGACCCAAAUCACCGAGGUUGAUCGCGAUAUUCCACUGAAAUCAUACCGCGAAACGCUCGCUCUUUGGUCCAAUUCGACAUUAUCAGUUGGGCAGCUGAUGAAGCACACCUACCAACCCUUCCUAGUGAUGUCUAGUAUCCCGGCGGUAUUCUUCAUGGCCCUUCAAUAUGGAAUUAUGACUGCUUGCACAACGGUCCCAGUUACAACUCUCUCUUCUGUCAUGACACUCCCGCCUUACAACUUUGGUCCUGCUCAAAUUGGUUUGAUGGGAAUUCCGCCUUUCAUUGGCACAAGUUUGGCAACUCUCGUCUGUGGCCCAUUGAGCGAUUACAUAGCAAUGUAUCUUGCGAAGCGAAAUGGAGGAAUAUUUGAACCAGAGAUGCGCCUCUGGCUCUCUUUGAUCUUUGCCCCUCUUGUCCCGGCGGGACUUUUCAUGUUUGGAAUCGGAUUGAACAAUGGUUCGCAUUGGCUUUUACCGGCCUUUGGGCUUGGAGUCAGUGGAUUUGGUGUUGUCCCACCAUGCAGUGCUGCUUUGACAUACCUCACGGACGCAUAUACAGACAUCAUCGCGGACUCUGUCGUCGGAGUGACAUUUAUUCGAAACCUCAUCUCUACCGUUUUUGUUUUCGCGUUGCAGCCAUGGUGUGACCGUGUCGGACUAACUUGGUUUUACGUUACCUUUGGCCUGAUCUCACUCGUGACCCUGCUUGGAAAUGUCAUCUUCAUCUACUUCGGCAAAAAGUUUCGCGCUAUGGUCGCUGGAAGGUAUCGUCGGUUUAGUGCACAACAGUUGGUACCUAGGGAUUAA